UAGUUCGGUAACAAGUCUUUCGCUUCCCACUCUCUCUCCAUCUCCUUCCAUUUCUUCUUCCCCUUUCUAUCUCUCGACCGUCCUUCUAGGGUUUCUUUGAUCACAUUCAAAUUUGUCUCCUUUAAUCUCAAUCCUGUAACAAUCAGAGGAUAUGGAUUCCAAUUCAUGGAUCAAUUGUCCCUCUGUUUUCUCUUCAUCCUCUUCUUCUUCGAGACGGUGUCAAUCCCGAUCAGAUUUGUAUUUAGGAGGAGGGUACGAGGAUCUUGAAGGAGAAGACGAUUUGAAGGCAGAGUUUAUUUGCCCCUUUUGCGCUGAAGAUUUUGACAUUGUUGGGCUUUGUUGUCACAUUGAUGAAGAACAUCCUGUCGAAGCCAAGAACGGGGUCUGUCCUGUAUGCACAAAGAGGGUGGGAUUGGAUAUCGUUGGCCAUAUUACGACGCAACAUGCGAAUUUUUUUAAGGUACAGCGAAGGAGAAGGUUGCGAAGAGGAGGAUAUAGCUCUACCUAUCUCGCCUUGAAAAAGGAACUCCGAGAAUCAAACUUACAGUCUCUUCUUGGUGGAUCGUCAAGUUUCACUUCUUCAACCAAUAUCGAUUCUGAUCCGUUGCUGUCAUCCUUUAUGUUUAAUUCUCCUUCAGUGAAUGAGUCGGCAAAAAAAUCUGCUACACCUGUGACGGUAGGAAACGCGGCUACGAAAGUCUCGAUUAAGGAAUCUCUCAAAAGAGACAUUCAAGAAGCUCCACUUUCAGGUGAAGAUCAAGAGAAGGCGAAAAAGAGUGAGUUUGUGCGAGGUUUGUUGUUGUCAACCAUGCUUGGAGACGAUUUCUAAAUUUCCCGUUAAAUCCCUUGCCUUGUUGUGGUUGAUGCAUGAGACGUAAGGAAUCUGAGGUUGGAAUUGUUAGGAGUGGUCUCAAUGUAUGAUGCAAAAACCUUGUAAGGUAUAAGGGGAUGCAGAGUUGCAUCCAUAUAUUAUUGUCAUUUGUACCUUGGAACCUUUAUGUGCAUAAGCGGAAACAGAGUACUUUCCUUUCACUGAGACUAAAUAUAUUCAAAAUAUUAGUUGCUAUUGAUUCAAA